AUGGAAGUUGCAAGCACGAUAGAGAGGCUUGCGCGUUACGAAGAAACAAUGAAACGGAAUGCGGCGGCACAACGUCAGCCCAGUAGUGUGAAGAGAAGCAAGACGAAUUCGAAGACGCAAUAUGAUGCUAACGGCCGUAGUGAAGAUGCAAGAGCAUUCUACGCUGCUGUCGACGCCCCCUUUCUUCGGAUAUGCGGCAGUUGUGGAGAAUUGACCAAAUCGGAGCAAGCUGUAAUGAAACGCUUCAAUCCAGAUGCAGCUUUGUACAGCCCGCUUUGUAACAAUGAGGGCGAAUGUGAGAUUAUUCCGGAGGCAAUCGUGAGAGACGAAAGUAGCAGGACGUCUAUGGUCUGGCUGUGUCGUCGGUGCGAAAACUCGCUACGAAAGAAAGAAGUACCGAAAUUUUGCAAAGCUAGUGGUUUCCGGAUAGCUGGCGCAGACGCCGCAUCUCCGCGGCGUCCUCCCACCCGCGCCGAUCCUCCAUUCGAACGCGACGGUCCGGCUCCACUUGUUGACACGGCAGGGCAUGCUCGCCAUAUCGUCGACCGUAUUCUGAACCAAGCUGAUCCCCGCGCCCCGCCCACGGAUCGCGGCGCUCGACGCCGCGCCAAUCUGAUCCCCUCACAGCGCCGCUACUUGGUGCGCUGGUUGGGCCUCAUGCCGGAUAGCUGGGAGCCUCGUGACGUCCUCCUCGCUGAUGUUCCGGACUGCGUGGAGGCGUACGAGGCGGUCCUCGCACCGGUGACGGAUCGCGCUGAGGACGCGCCCGUCCGGCGCGCCUAG